UUAAUAUCAUCUUCACUUCUGUUAAACAUAGUUGAUGUCGUCUAAAUCAUAUUAAACAUAGUUUUUUUUAAUCUGUCAUUUUCAAAAGUUUGUGUAUCUAAUGGGAGACAAAAAUUAGUUUGUGUAUUAAACGGAAAUCCAAAAUAGUUUGUGUAUUUUAUUAGCACAUGAAAAUGAGUUUGUGUAACUUUAAAUAAUUUUCUUUUUACAUUUGACCACAUUUUGACCACAUGUAUAGUUAAACACUGACGUCAUCGUCACUUCCGUUAAACAUAACUAACGUCGUUUAAAAGCGAUGUGUAAAAUCUACGAAUUUCAAAAGUUUGUGUAUUUAUUAGGCAAUAUAAAUUAGUUUGUGUAUUAAAUGGAGAUCCAAAAUAGUUCGUAUAUUUUAUUAGCAAAUAAAAAUUAGUCAGAAUUUUCUUUUUUAUUAUCCCAGACAUUGAUGAGACUUUGCUAAGAACGACGUCGUUCGGCAGUUUCACCGCGAGAGUAUUCUCCCAUGAACAAGCGUUGUCAAGAGUCUCAAGACCAGCCCUGGGCAACAAGCGUGGCUAGUCCUUUAAUGAGACUUUUGCUCGAUGCUGUUUUAGCAACAAAAAACAAAGGAAUAGUUUUUUUUUUUUUUUGAACAACUGGAUGGUUUAAAUAUGUUUAAACAAUUGAAAACAAAGGGAUGGUUUAGCAACAAGAAACAAAUGGAUGGUUUAAAUAUGACAUAUAUGAACACAAAAAUAUAUUCAUAUUUCUGUAUGUUAACAAUACCAGUUAUUUUUGUAUGAACUAAACUACAAUCUAAUAAAACAUUAUAUAAUUUAUUUAAGUAAUUAAUAAUUCAAUAAUCGCCAUUAUAUAAUAUUUAUAUAAACAUUAUACAUUGAAAGUAACUACAUUGUACAAUAAAUAUAAUAAAAACUAAUUAUGAAAACGUUCAAAAUAUAUAUUAUCUAAGAUAAAUAAUUAACACUAGUUAUAAAUUAAAAAAAUUAAACUGGUUAUAAUAUGAAUCAAAUUACUAGCAAGAUAAAUUACACAAAACAAUUAUAAUUAAUGUUAAUUAAGCCCCAUUAAAUAAAUACUACAUCUCUCUUAACCAUUAGCACUAAACAACAUUCAAUUAAUUUAAUUAAUUUAAACUAAAAUCUCCAAUAUAAUGCCGCGUGGUCAUGAUAUAAUAUUCUUUAAUCAAUUGACCCAUGUAAAAUAUAUGUUCACUCUAAAACUGAUCCCGGUAAACAUUUUAGCUGGUUUCGCCACUGGUCAUGAUAUAAUAUUCUCUAUUCCAUACACACGCCCUAUAAUAUAUAGAAAUAAUAUAUUCCUUGAAAGGUACAUAUUUUAAAAUGAAAGUAAUCUAGAAGUACUCAAAUUUAAGAUUUGUUAUUCAUUGUAUUAAGUCAUUUGAUACAUUAUACAUCUAUAAAUAGAGGAUCAAGCAUAACAAAAAUGAAAGAAAAGCCUCAAAAAUUAGGCAUAACCAUUGACUCUACUUAGAAAAAAAAUGGUUCUUACGGAUGCUGAGAUUCUAGAAAUUAAAAGUGAACUCGAACGUGUUAAAAAAACAUCAGAACUAGAUGAAGAGCAUAUGAAGGAUCUAGAAGAAAAGAUGACCGAAUACUUAGAAAAGGAAAAGCUUAUGGGUAGUUUACUUAAUGCUGUGCUAAAGAUGACAAACAAUUCUGUUGCGAAGAAACAGGCUUCCUCAUCUCCAUCAAUGCCAUCGGCCUCAGGUGACAAGGGAAAGCAGAAGUAGUAGUAGUUCUUUCAAAGCUUUUAUGGAAUAACUAAUCUGAGAUUUGUGUAAUAAAGAAAAGAUUUCAUUGUCUUUCGGUUUCAAAUAUGUAGGAUUCUCGUGAUAAACCAAUAAGUCUCUUUUGUUUGUUUUUUGGAUCCUCCCUAUACCUUUCUUCAUCAUUUUAAUUUUAAAAUAAAUUCUGUUUUGGAAAAUUAGCAUACCACACUGAUAUUCACGUACGUGUACAGGCCUCCAAUUUUUUUUCUCACAAAACUUAUCUCUCUGAGUCUCACCAUACUUCUUCGUCUCGUCUCCAUGGCGCUAUGAGAAGGCUCCAUCUUCCCCCGCCAUGUCCAUCUUCGUCUUCUGUUUAAGUUUCUCUCGGUGAUGCUCUAUCCCCAUUUGGUUCCAGGGGUGUAUCUAAGGAUGUUAAUGUAGGGUAAAAUAACCCAGUCCAGUCCAACCCACAAAUAACCUGACCCAGUUUAUACUCAACCCACGAAAACCCAGAAACAUGAAGGUUAGAAUCUAAACCCAUAAAAUAAUCCAGUAGGGUAUAGGUUUACACCUGGGUAUCCAAAUUACUAUUUUGUUUGUUCUAAAAAUAUCAUGUAAAAUAUUAAUAUCAUUCAUGUGAGCUUUAAUAUAUAAACAAGAUUUUACAGUUUUAUAGGAAAACUUGUUUUAGCGGAAAACACCGUUUACGGUUUGGCGGGAAAACUCGUUUUUUCAAAAAAAAAAAUCAUUUUGCAGUUUUGACCAAAGAACUCAUUUUGUGGUUUUGGCGGUAAACCUUGUUUUGGCGGGACAAUUCAUUUUCAGUUUUUGGCGGAAAAACUCGUUUUGCGGUUUUUGGGGGAAAAAAACAUUUUUGCGAGAAAAAAUUAUUUUUGCAGAAAAAAAUCAUUUUAGCGGAAAAACUAAGUUAUACCAUGAUUGACCCAACUAAUUUUAGACGGGUAAAAACCCAAACCCAUUAUUAAUGGGUUUGGAUAAACCAAUGGGUAUUACCCAUGUUAACAUCCCUAGUGGAUCCAUCACAUUAUAUAGUAUGUGGCAUCUAUAAUAAAACAUAUUUUGAUUAGGGGCAUUUAUAUAAAUUAUAGAUAAUUAUUCUAGGAAUUAUAAUUGGAACUUUUAGCCAUCUAAUUGGAAGGCUUAUUUGUUGUGGGGCUGGCUUGUGAUUCAUGUCAUAUGGGUCUCUGACUGUGGGGUGGAGGUGUGAGCUCUGCUCCCUGUAAAUUCAAGUCUCUUCGACCUCAAUUCUUGCUAUCUCAUCUCCCCUGAUUUUUAUAUUUGGUGUUGCUUAUUGUCCUGAAUUUGAUUUGCACGUUUAGCAAUUACAUGUAGAGGAAUUUAUUCGUUUGUUGUGCUUCACGGUUCACUUUCCUUCGGGAGGGUGUAGUAAGGUUUCAGAGUGGUGAUGUUGUUCCUUUCAUCUAGCCGGCUUAGAGGACAAGUUUAGUAAUGCAUUGUUUUUAUGUCGAAGACCAGAUUUUGGUUUCAGACAAGUGUCCCAACUCAGAUUUAGUGGGCUUUCUCUGCUUCUUGAGAGGAAUUGACAUUUGUUCAGACGGCAUGAUGAUUUAAUUUCUUGCUCGCUUUAUUUGUUUGUUCAAUUUGUCUCCAGUCUUUCCUUCUGUUCCAGACCCCGCUCGAUCUCUUAUUCAAUACUUCAAGUUUGUAUUGCCACUUUUUGGCAUGCUAGCUAGUAGCCAGUAAGCUGAAUGGCUAUCAAUUGAUUUUUUAUACGUUCUUACAUUUUUUGCCAUGGAACCAAGUUUAUAAAUGUUACAUUUUGUUCAUCGCACUCCAUAAAACAUUAAUUUUCAUUUCUUGAAAUACUAUUUACAUUUUUUUUGCAAAAAGACUAAUCAGUUUAUAUAUUACAUAUAUCUCAUUAUUUUAUAUAAGGGAUAAAACUUAAUGAGUUUUAGUCUUUUAGAUGAACUAAAGAAUUUAAUAUGAAUUUUGUUAAACCACUUAGAGCACUUUUAACGCUGAGGGUUUCUUAAAAAAAAAAAAUUGUUUGAAAAAAAAAAUUAUUAGCGAACCAAUCACGGAUUACCACGUGUCGGUGGGGUCCGCGAACAGUGCAAAAACCCCUCCAAGAUCGAUCCUAGUUUGAUAUGUUUUGUGAUCGGUUUUUGCAAAAUUAACGGGCCCCACCAUUAUGAAACCCUUUUAAGGUACCUCGUUAAUUAUGCUCUUAGAGUCUCACCUAAAAUCAUAAAAGAUUUUUAAUUUUAACUAAAAAACUCCACGUAGCACUAGAAAACUUGUAAAACUCACAACCUAAAAUAUUUUUAGUAACAUUAAAUUUUAUAGUACUUUAAAAUUCGAUAAUAUAAUUUUAAAUAAAAUUUUAAAAUUCAUGUUUGAAAGAAUUUGUUAUUUUUAUACAAAUGACUUUAAACUGUCAAUGGAAUACACACCAAAAAAUAUUUUAAGAUAAAAGAGGUAUCAACAAAAAAAACUAAAUAAUCUUAAAUCUUAGAGUUAGUAAUAGCAAAGAACACCAAAACGGUCUUGAGUCAGCACUCAAAACACAUACAAACUUCAGCAAAACUAAUUAAAAAACACCAAAACUGUUCGUAAACAAUAUAUGACUAUAAAACUACUGUAAGAGUUUUGACUUAAUUUUACAAAUUGCUCAAUGUUCGAUUCUUACUUAGAAUUUUCAAUGUAUCAUCUAAAAAUUACUGGUCCGGGUGUUUCAGGAAUCAGCACAACUUCUACCUCAGCCUUUGAGGGGCACAAUUGGAUGCUUAGCUCCAGCCACCCGGUACAACUUUUAUAACCGUAACUGAUUCAUCUUCGUGAGCGUAAACACACACACACACACACUCUUUUUACAUGAUCAGAGAUUCAGAGUUCGCUUAUAUGAGAACGUGAAGACAAAAGCCGAUGACUCAGCAUAUAUGUUGAAGCUUUUCUUCUGUACAAACUCCAAAAUAUGAAUGAGAUUCUUACUCAUCUAGAGAAACUCACACAAUCUCUGUUCCAGGUCGUAACGAACCAUGACCCACAAGUUUUAGCAACAAGAAACAAAGGGAUGGUUUAAACAAUUGAAAGAAAAUAAAUCCACCGGUCAAAUCUUUCAAGCGACGUAGACAUUAGUGAGACUGUUGCCGAGAACGACGUCGUUCUCAAACUCCACGGCGAAUCUUCUCUGGUGAACAAGCGUGGCUACUGGCUACUGGCUAGUCCCAGAGACGUUGUUACAUUUACAGUUACGCAAGUACCACAUUCCAAUUAAUGGGCCGAAUUUAUUAGGCCCAAUAGACGCUUGACUUUUAAAACCCUAUUUUAAUUUUUUUUUUUUGGAACAACAACCCUAGUUUUAAUUUAAAAGUUACAAAAACAAUAAAACUGAGUUUCUCCUACAAACUAUAAAUAACUUUUGAUUAAACCCUAAACAAACUCGUGGCUGCUUGUUUUCUCUCUCUUUCCUCUCUGUGUCUCCAACUCUACACAGCUAUUCGCAAAGCCCUCCGAGGUGUUGACUUAAAAGCUUGUAAUAAUGCUUCUACUGUUUGAAACGCCUGGAGGUUUCGCUAUUUUUAAAGUAUUAGAUGAAGGGAAGCUCUCUAAUGUCGAGGAUUUGGGCAAUGUGUUCUCCUCUGCAGAGUCAGCUCGAAAGAUGGUGAAGCUUAAAGCUUUCGACAAGUUUGACAACACGUCCGAAGCACUUGAAGCAGUAGCCAAACUAGUGGAGGGAACCCCCAGCAAGGGUCUCCGCAAGUUCCUAAAAGCUAACUGCAAAGACGAAACCUUAGCCGUUGCUGAUUCGAAGCUCGGAAACAUCAUCAAGGAGAAACUGACAAUAGACUGUGUCCACAACAACGCCGUUAUGGAGCUCUUGCGAGGCGUGAGAAGCCAGCUCUCCGAACUUAUUACCGGAUUGGGGGAACAAGACUUGGCUCCGAUGAGCUUGGGGUUGUCUCACAGUCUCGCUAGAUAUAAACUAAAGUUCAGUUCCGACAAGGUUGAUACAAUGAUAAUCCAAGCUAUUGGUUUACUUGAUGAUCUUGACAAAGAACUAAACACUUACGCUAUGAGGGUUCGUGAAUGGUACGGCUGGCAUUUUCCAGAGCUCGCCAAGAUCAUAAGUGACAAUAUCUUGUACGCCAAGUCUGUGAAGCUAAUGGGGAACCGGAUCAAUGCAGCUAAGCUAGACUUCUCUGAGAUAUUGGCUGAUGAAGUUGAAGCUGAACUUAAAGAAGCUUCUGUGAUCUCCAUGGGAACUGAAGUCAGCGACCUUGAUUUGAUUCAUAUUCGUGAACUCUGCGACCAGGUUCUGUCUCUUGCUGAGUAUAGAGCUCAGCUCUACGACUACUUGAAGAGCAGGAUGAACACAAUCGCGCCGAAUCUGACCGCCCUCGUUGGUGAGCUCGUCGGUGCUCGUCUUAUCUCUCACAGUGGGAGUUUACUGAACCUUUCGAAGCAGCCUGGGAGCACUGUUCAGAUUCUUGGAGCUGAGAAGGCUUUGUUUAGAGCGCUUAAGACCAAACACAAUACUCCAAAGUACGGUUUGAUUUUCCACGCGUCUGUUGUUGGACAAGCUGGGGGGAAGAACAAGCCUAGGAUCGCGCGGUCGCUGGCUGCUAAAGCUGCUCUUUCGAUCCGUUGCGAUGCGCUUGGUGAUGCGGGAGAUAACUCUAUGGGAGUGGAGAACCGUUUGAAGCUUGAGGCAAGGUUGAGGAGUCUAGAAGGGAAAGAUCUUGGACGUCUUGCUGGAUCGGCUAAAGGCAAACCGAAGAUUGAAGUUUAUAAUAAGGAUAAGAAGAUGGGGUCUGGAGGUUUGAUUGCUCCUGCUAAGACAUACAACACUGCUGCAGACUCUCUUCUUGUAUCAGCAGAGAAUGGUGUUAAAGAGAAGAAAGAUAAAAAGAAGAAGAAAAAGGCUGAAGCAGAGGAGGAAGAAGAAGCCAAAAGUGAGGAAUCUUCAAAGAAGAAGAAGAAGAAGAAGGCUAAAACAGAAGUAGAACCUGAAGCUGAAGAAGCUUCAAAGAAAGAGAAAAAGAAGAAGAGAAAGCACGAGGAAGAAGAAACCGAAGAGCCUGCCAAGAAGAAAGAAAAGAAGGAGAAGAAGAAAAAGAAGAGUGAAGCCUGAAGAGAGGUUUUAAAGUUAUUGAAUUGCUUAACUUUUAUUAACGUUUAAUUGUUUUGUUAUGCUUUUGAUUUAGUUGGUUCCCACUUAGUUAUCUAAAACUUUAACGUUUUGUAAGUUAGUGUGUGGUCUUGGUCAUUUU